AUGUGGUAUGUUUAUAAGUAUAGAUAUGACCCACAAAGCAACCGCUGGACAAAGGUUGCAUCAAUGAAUACUCGACGCUUGGGAGUGGCUGUUGCUGUCCUUGGUGGUUUUCUUUAUGCUGUUGGGGGAUCUGAUGGCCAGAGUCCUCUUAAUACAGUGGAAAGAUACGACCCCAAACUGAACAAGUGGGUGAUGAUGCCAGCCAUGAGCACACGCCGCAAACACCUAGGCUGCGCAGUAUACAACAACAUGAUCUAUGCUGUGGGGGGAAGAGACGACUGCACAGAGCUCUCCAGUGCUGAGCGCUACAACCCGCACACCAAUCAGUGGAGUCCCAUUGUUGCCAUGACUUCCAGACGCAGUGGAGUUGGCUUAGCAGUAGUGAAUGGAAUGCUGUACGCAGUGGGAGGCUUUGACGGCACAACGUACCUGAAGACGAUUGAGGUGUACGACCCGGACCAAAACCACUGGCGGCUGUGUGGGUCAAUGAACUACCGUCGGCUCGGGGGGGGCGUCGGUGUGGUCAAGCUGCCACAUAACGAGGCUCAUCUCUGGUGAUUAAACGAAGGCCUAGAGUUCUGGCUGGGAGUCACUGUCAGCGGCAAGUUGGGAAUCGGGAAUAGCGGACUCUAAGUGGGGAAAACACGUCCUCGCGCAUGUGUGUCAGUGACCGCAGUGUGUUCAUCGUCUCGGAAAACAGGAGGCGCUAUUCCCUGGGUGAGAGAUGGAAAAAAAUGGGAAAGAUGUUGCAGGUUUUGAUGACUAUUAGAUGUGUUGUUCAAGAACUGAAUGUUGUAGUGUUCCUUUUUAGAUCAUUAUAACAUGCUCUGCCUUGCAUGAGAGUACUACAUACUCUAUGAUAGACUUUACAUGAUUGAUGUUCAACAAAUUGUGUGUCAUGUCAAUGUGUCAUUACCAUAGUUAUCAUCGAGCAGAGUAGAGCUUACUUGUUGGAACUUGGGGGUUGGGGGGAAGAGGGGUGGGGGACCAGUAGAGACUGACGAUAGAUGUGAAAGAAGACAGACUCCUCAUAGAAUGCUAGAAUUCUGGGUGUUCUUAAGAAAAAAGUCAAGAUAUAUAUAUAUAGAGAGAGAAGUAUAUAUAUAUACACACAUACUCUAUUUUAACAGAACUGUGUUAAUAUGGACCAGAUCUUCGUAUAUUGUGGACUGAGAGUUGGCCCACAAAGCGUAAACCUCAGAGCCAAACUAGAAGUCACAACAAAAUUACCAGCAUAAGUAGCUUUAAUCCUUGCUAUCGUGAAGGGUAGCAAGAUCCUAAUCACUUUCUGUGGUCAGUAGGAAACAAUUUCCAAGACUCUGCCAUAUUCACUGACCUAUAAAUACACUAGGCACUGGAAAUCAUAAGGUUGUGUCCAUUUUCAUGUUUGGCGCAAAAAAAAGAGAGUCACAGCAUUUAAUACGCAGCAUAUUAAUGCAGACAUCUAUUUUUUUUUUAUUAUUUUUUCUUUUUUUAGUCUUCUCAUUCCUCAUUGGAGAAAGAAGAUUUGGUUUAUAUAUCCAAAUUGUAAAUUACAUUUCACUUUGUAGUUGCAAUUUUACUAAAUGGCAAUUUUCACUAGUAGAAUGCUAUACAUCAAUAGUAUAUGUUCUCACAGCUAAAGAAAAUUCUAAUGACAAUAUUGUGUGUUCAUGAAAUAAACAUUGUAGAAUACAUCAAGCUCCUUAUAGCAUUUUUGCAAUACCAAGCCAUGAGAUAUUGUAUUUUCUUAAAAAUAGAAUAAAAAACAGUUGCAGUUUUUUGAAGAGGUAUGGGACUGGCAUAGAUGAUUUUGUUGGAAUUUUAACAAGCUUGAUAUCGAAUAUAGUCAACUCAUUGUCUUAAAUACAUUAAAGAUAUUGGUGUUACAAGUGACAUCCUCAUGAAGUCAUACUCACCUUUGUUUCUUCUAGUCUUUUUCUUUUUUUUUUGAUAUUUGCAUUGUAUUACCAUGCUAGCAGUAGAUAGGUGUACUAACACUACAUGUUAUCAUGUAUCAGUAUUAUAAUGAUGGUGAUAGUAACAGUAGCAUUGACAGCAUAACAUUAAUUAUGGCUUUGUUCUCAACAACGACACCAGUUUCCUUUCUUUCUCCUUUUUUAUUGUCACCAUCAUAAUUGGCACUGAAGAUAAUUGAGAAAUGUUUAGGUUUUCAGACUUUUUUUUGUCAUUUAUUUAUUUAUUUAUCUUUUCACAACUUCAUCUUGGAAAAGGAAGCAAAACAGGAAGGCAACUUUUGUCAAAUUAUGGAAAGCAUCAAUUGUCCAGAGUUAAGAUAAAGAUAAUGAUGAUUAUUGAUUUAUGGAAUUAGUGUAUAGAUUCAGAUCAGCUGUUCUUGAUGUGUAUUUGAAAUUGUUGUAUAGCAUGUUUGAUUUUCUUAUCUGCAUUCUCUUCAUUCAAGCUGUGUGAAAGGUACAUAACCCAGUUUCAUGUUGCAGAAUCCAAGCAUGUUUGCUUUGCCAGCCAGUGCUUGAAGACUUUUGAUAAAGGUUUAAGGAAUUUUUAUCCAAGGAAUCUCAAUGCUAGGCUGAUAUCCUCUUGUUAAGACAGAGUGCAAGCAUUCAUAUCCUACAAAAUUUGCCAGUAAGGAAGAAUAGUGUAGGUUAGGCAGGUAAAAGAUUUGCCCACAUCGCUUCAACAUCAGCUCUGCUUGUAUCAUUUGCAUAAUGCAUCGAUUGGAAGACUCCUUUACUGAAAUCUGCUUCCUACCAUGACUGGAAUCAUUUUUGUAAAUUCAUCCUUUGCCAUAUAUAGAUAUGAUAGAGUCAUAGUGGUGCUAUGUUCACUCUUCAUCAACUUUAUACAUACCUCUCUCUAGGUGGCAGUGUGACGGAGGGAAAGAAUCGGAAGACGUGACGGUAGAUUUUUCUUUUUAGCUUUUUUCCCCAGAAGUGAAAUCUGUACUAUUCUUUUUAAAUCACAUAGAAUUCUAUUUUGAUAACAAGUGUCCUGUUUUUUUUUCUCUCAGUAAGUGCAGGAUUUUGUGCGCGGAUGAGGUGAAAGUGAGCCGGUGAACUUUGCUAGUUUUUCCGUUCUGAAGAAUGUUCCUCACACACAGUUAAUAUUGCCACGCACGCACAUAUAUAUAUAUAUAUAACAGAAGGGAUAGCAGUAUUGCUAAGAAGUUGUUUUUUGUAGGAAAUCUGGUGUAUUGUAUUUCAUGCCAUGAUUAAAGAAAGGGUUUGCAACUGCAUAGGAAAAUCUUGUACACAUGUCAUUGGGAUAGUAUGCUAUUUCUUGGAUCUAUAUCUUAUUAAAAAAUUGAACUCCAGCCAUUGUACGCAAAUUAUUACAAGCAUUGCAUUUGUCAAAUCUAGGAAGACAAGAAUUACAAGAAAAGGAGGGCAGGAUAGAUCAUCAUGCAGAAAUUUAAAUGUUUUCUCUUUUUGCAUAUUCCUAAGCAUGGGAUCUAACAUGAAUUCUAUGUGUCACUUCUGUCAAGUGGGUCUGUUGAUGUAAGAAGCCAGUGUAAUGUUGAUUUUUCUGUGUUAUGCUAAAAGUAUUUCAUCGCUUAGAAUGGGGCGUCGCUCACAUAUGAUUGAUGUGGUUUAGUGCAGCCUUUUGAACAUGGCAGUUUCUUUUUUUUUUUCUUUCUUUAAGG